UUCACAUACCUGGUGAUGUCAUUCGUGAUAUCUGUGAUAUUUUCGUUCUUCUACGGAUGGAAGCUGACGCUCGUGAUUCUCAGCUGCGCCCCGAUCAUAAUCCUCGCGACGGCGUGCGUUGCCAAGAUGCAAAGUACGCUCACGGAGAAGGAACUGAAGGCGUAUUCGUCGGCCGGUGCCGUGGCGGAGGAAGUGCUGGGCAGCAUCCGGACGGUGGUGGCGUUCGGUGGCGAGCGGAAAGAACUUGAUCGUUACCGAUCGCGGCUGACCAGUGCGGAGUAUAAUGGUCGCCGGAAGGGACUUUUCUCCGGUAUCGGUGGUGGGAUCAUGUGGUUCAUCAUCUACUGCUGCUACGCUCUGGCGUUCUGGUACGGAAUCAGCCUGAUCCUGGACGAUCGUGGUAAGGACGUGAAGGACUACACGCCGGCCGUGCUGAUCAUCGUACUGUUUGGUGUGCUGGCUGGAGCGCAAAAUUUGGGUCUGUCCUCUCCUCACCUGGAAGCAUUCUCCACUGCGAAGGGUUCGGCGGCGACGAUCUUCUCCGUGAUCGAUCGUAAGCCAGAAAUUGAUUCGCUGGGCGACGCCGGCCUACGACCCGGAUCGGUCAAGGGAAAUAUAAGCUUCUCGAACGUCUACUUCCGCUAUCCGGCACGGAAUGAUGUGACGGUGCUGCAGGGGUUGAAUCUGGAAAUCAAGACGGGCCAAACGGUGGCACUAGUUGGACCGUCCGGUUGUGGAAAGUCCACCUGCUUGCAGUUGAUCCAGCGGUUGUACGAUCCUUUGAGUGGUUCGGUAACGAUCGAUGGCACGAAAGUGAGCGAGCUGAACAUCGGUUGGUUGCGCUCGAUGAUCGGACUCGUCGGUCAAGAACCGGUGCUGUUUGCCACCACCAUUGCAGACAACAUACGCUACGGUAACCCGGCCGCCAACCAAAGCGAAAUCGAGACGGCUGCCAAGAUUGCAAACUGUCACAGCUUCAUCAUGAAGCUGCCCAACGGAUAUGGAACGUUGAUCGGUGAACGAGGUGCGCAGCUAUCCGGUGGUCAGAAGCAACGGAUUGCCAUCGCACGCGCUCUGGUGCGCAAUCCCAAGAUUCUCCUGCUGGACGAGGCCACCUCAGCGCUGGAUCCGAACUCGGAGCGUCGUGUACAGGACGCACUGGAACGGGCCAGCAAGGGACGCACAACGCUGGUAGUCUCGCACCGGCUGUCGACGAUCACGAACGCCGAUAAGAUCGUGUACAUUGACAAGGGAGUGGUGAUGGAACAGGGUACGCACGAUGAGCUUAUGGCAGCACGUGGCCUGUACUAUGAGCUGGUGGUUGCGAGUGGUUCCCAGAAGACGGCUGACGAGGAAGACUGCGGCGUGAAGGGUGUUUCCGCGAUACGCCAGGAUUCGGUCGAGGACGCGGAGUCAUCCGAUGACGAAUCGGACAGUGGCAAGUCGGACGAAAAGAACGAAGAAGCCGAUGAGGAAGUGUACCCGCUGUCGGUGAUGCGACUGCUGAAGCUUAACUCUCCCGAGUGGCAUUACAUUCUGUUUGGUUGUGCCGCGGCGAUAGUCGUUGGUGCCUCUUUUCCGGCCUUUGCAGUACUCUUCGGAGAAAUGUAUGGCAUACUUUCCGUCGCCGAUCCCGAGUUCGUCAAGAAAGAGUCGGAGUUCUACUCGUUCCUGUUUCUCGUACUUGGCCUCGUCACCGGUCUCGGAACGUUCCUCCAGACGUACCUGUUCAACAUUGCCGGCGUACGGCUAACGUCGCGCCUUCGCCAGAAGUCCUUCAAGGCGAUCGUAAGCCAGGAGAUGGCAUGGUUCGAUGAAAGUCGCAACGCCGUCGGUGCUCUCUGUGCGCGUCUCUCGGGCGAUUGUGCCAGUGUGCAGGGUGCGACUGGAACACGCAUCGGGUCACUCCUGCAAGCCGCUUCGACCAUCUGCAUCGGCGUAGGAAUCUCGUUCUUCUACUCCUGGAAUCUGACACUCGUCUCGAUCGUCGCCAUUCCGGUGACGUUGGCAUCGAUUACGCUCGAGUCACGCUACACCCAGACAAGCGGCCUAAAGGAGAAGCAAUCGCUCGAGGGUGCAACCAAGCUGGCGGUCGAAGCCAUCUCGAACAUCCGAACGGUGGCGAGCUUGGGCCAGGAGAAGCACGUCCUGGAGCGGUACAGUACCGAGACGCUUAAAGUUGAUGCUGCUUGUCGCAAAAAGACCCGACUCCGGGGUACGGUUUUCGCUCUCGGACAGGUGAUGCCAUUCGCCGGCUAUGGUCUGGCGCUGUUUUAUGGUGGUAAGCUGGUCUCCGAGAAGGAACUGGAGUACAAGGAUGUAAUCAAGGUUUCGGAGGCGCUCAUCUUUGGUGCCUGGAUGUUGGGACAAGCGUUGGCGUACGCACCGAAUGUGAACUCGGCCGUUCUCUCGGCUGGACGUUUGAUGAAGUUGCUUGAUCGUACCCCGAGGAUGCACAAUCCAACCACAUCUUAUCAUUCACUUUCGCAGCGCACUGAAGGAGAUAUCAAGUUCACCGAUGUAGAGUUCCGGUACCCGACGCGUCCAACGGUGCCCGUACUUCAAGGACUAAACUUAGACAUCGGGAAGGGUCAGACGGUGGCACUGGUCGGCCCGUCGGGUUGUGGAAAGUCUACCUGCAUACAGAUGCUUCUUCGCUACUACGACCCUGACAAUGGCAAGGUGGAUAUUGAUGGCGUUACUUCGACGGACUACUCGCUAAGCCGAAUCCGCUCCCAAAUGGGCCUGGUAUCGCAGGAACCCGUUCUGUUCGAUCGUACGAUCGCCGAGAACAUCGCGUACGGUGACAACACGCGCGACAUCCCGAUGCCGGAGGUUAUCGAGGCGGCAAAGAUGGCCAACAUCCACGAGUUCAUCGUUAACCUGCCCAAGGGCUACGACACCAGCCUCGGCAGCAAGGGUGCCCAGCUGUCCGGUGGUCAGAAGCAACGUAUAGCAAUCGCCCGGGCGUUAGUACGAAACCCGCGAGUGCUGCUGCUAGACGAGGCCACCUCCGCCCUCGACAACCAGAGUGAAAAGAUUGUACAGAACGCACUGGAUCAUGCGCGCACCGGACGCACGUGCAUCAUCAUUGCCCACCGAUUGACCACCAUACAGAACGCGAACCUGAUCUGCGUCAUCCAGAACGGCGUGGUCGUUGAGUCCGGGACGCACGAUGAGCUGAUGGCGCGAAGUAAAAUCUAUGCCAAACUCUACCAGAUGCAGCAGGUGGCAUAAGGCAGACACUAACGUGGUUGCCAGUGUUCCUAUACGCGGUGCUUCUUGCCGUGUCGUUUGCCUGUGGGUUC